AUGUCACAACCUCAGUCCGACGUCUAUGCCAUGCUCGAAUCAUCCUUCAAGGCCUCGCCGAACCUCCGCCAGCCGAAACAGCUGCCGCGCCGUAGCGACGACUACCGCACCUACUCGAGGGCAGCAGCGCCCCUUAAGCGCGACUAUUCCUAUACCACACAGGCGACCGACGACACGGAUUCGAUAGCCGACAGCGAGCACAAUACACCGCUCCAGUCUCCAGGCGCAUUGCCGGGAGCUGACAGCGGCCUACCGCCUACUCCGCCCACAGCUUCCCAGGACGGGAGAACUGCACAGAUGCCCGAGCAACCGCUACAUGCCGACAGCGUCAGGAACUCGAUUAUAUCGCAGAAAUCGUCUCUCAGCACGCCGGUCAAUGCGCGCAGUCCUCCCACGCCCGAUCCCAGUCCUCCGCGAACCAACGCCUCCAACGGCACCAAUGGCACGACUGCGACGCUCGAACGGCCACCGAUAUACACAUAUCCCUCUUCGCGCGCGGACUCCUUCCAGACUGCCAGAGAGGACCCUUUCUCCUCGGACCGCGAAGACAGCAGAGCCGCAACACCUGCCAACGACAGGCUGAGCACUGUCGAGGAAGACCGCGGACUGGGCCUGGCGUUCGAGCACGACCAGCAUGAUGUCACGCCCACGAACAAGCAAGGCCCGUACUUCCCCACUACUGAACCGGUGGACUCAACGGUCGGUGCUGAAGAGGACAAGGGAUCCCAGGUGGUCGAGGAUAUCCCAGAUCGGGAGUGGAACACAGACCUCAUGCGGAACGUAACGGUUCGCAGAAAACGCAGAACGCCCUCCAGCACGCCUCGCAAGUCAUCCGCUCCAGCGCGUAUCCCGUCACCCGUCGCAAAGGACGUCGAAGAACCCGCGCCCGCCGUCACCAUCGUCGAAGCCGCCUCGCCGACCCCAAGCACCCGCGCCCGACGCGCUUCCAGUCUGCGCGAACGCGUCGAAGCCAGCCACAACAGUCCCGUCACGCCCUCCAUCGAGAACUUUGCUCACUCAAUUGGCUGGCCCUCGGAGGGUAGAGGCAUGACGGGCGAGAGGCAGCGCGACAACACCAACAAGCGACUCUCCACAGCAUCAGUGGCCUCGACGGUCGUGUCGGCGUACGUUAAUAUCACUCCACCGCGACGAAACCCAACAUUGCGACACUCUGGGCGGAACAUGGCAUACAGGAGAGACUACAGUUCACCUGCGAAUCUCGGCUCUGAGACCCACUCGAAUCGCAAUUCAAUGAUCUCGCAGUACGACGACAUGCCGCCCCAUCGCCUGGUGCACAAGAGGACGAACAUCGCCGACAGGAGUGCGAGGUUCAGCACCAACUCGGACGUCGGUUCAUCGCGCAUCAUGUCCCCGUCGCUGUCGUUGCGACAGAGGACUAUCGAUAGCUCGGCGCAUACACUAGCCCAUCAAGAAUCGAUACGGAAUGUACUUCAGCCAGCAGCAGACAUAGUCAGUCGGCACAGCACAGUCGCGCGAUCAGGCGGUAGCUACCACAAGCGAGUCAACUCUGCGCCCGAAGCUACCAGGCGAACGUUGUCUUCGAAGCCAAGGAACUUUACAGAGCUGCGGCCCUCUGAAAGUCCUGCACCGAUGGAGGAUCCCGUCAAACGGAUGUCUGUACGAGCACCAUCACCUCCUAUGCGAGCUCCAUCGCCUCCUGUACGAGCGCCGUCACCGACCCUAUCGCCAAAGCCACGUCGGACGUCACCCACAUCGCGCAAAAACAGAAGACAGUCACAAGUGAUUACCGAUGUGAAGCUGCCGGCGAAUCUCGAGAACACACUGCCCAAUCUUCCCGAUCAGGGUGUAGAUGGGCCAGCCGAACGCGAUGUCUUCAUGGGUGCGAGCCAUCCUGUUGAAGAGACUCGUGUGCCGUCUGCGCUGACGGAUAGAGUCCGUCUACUACUUGCGGCUCGUGAGACUGCAGAGUCAGCUACUCUUGUUGACUCUAAGCAGAAUCCUGCUACAUCUGAGAACCUGGAGAAGUUUUCACCGCUAAAAGACACUUCACCUCAUCUGCGUCAGGGCGCAAGGCCAGUCUCAUGGGCAAAGCGAGCAUCUCUCUCUCCCGAGAUGGCAGUGCGUCCCAUCUUGAAGGAUCGCACAUCGACGGACGAGGUGAAACGCCGCAGCAACGCAUCGCGCCCUGAUUCUGGAGACCAUGGUCGCGUCAGUUUCGACCAAUCCGCUUCUCGGUCUGCUUCGCGGACUGAGGAGCACGCCAAUGCUCGGCACCUGUACUCUCAAUCGACGCCGUUCUCACAGUUUUCCGAUACGGUAGAAGUCACCGAGGCGACUGCUGUGAGCAUCUACCCCCACAACAACCACUCGCUGCUCGUUGUACAGCAGUCACGCGGUAAUUCACUGUUGCCAGAGCAGCGUCAAAUAACUGGCAACACCUAUCUCACACCGCAGGACGACCGUGAGGUGCGAAGUACACCCAGUCCGCCAUUCGUAGAGGCACCUGAGGCACCUCAACAAGCUCGCGAGGAGGUUGACGAGCCCUACCCACAGCCCACUCUGACUUUCGAGCCCUCGACACCCCCAACACAGUUCGACCUACCUCAGCCUGAUGGUGUAGAAUCGCCUCUCAAGAACCCCCGAGACCCACCGGAGCCACCCAUCAUCAAGUUCAUCCCUCCCACGCCCAUGGAAGAACUCGAGAACCAACUGGUACCCCCGCCACCAGGACCACCGGAACGCUCUGAUUCGCACCCCCAGCGCCGACUGUCUGUCCUCCAGCGAGCGCGGCGCUACUCCGACAACCUUAUCACACCACUCUUCGGUCGCGCCUCCAACAACCGAACACGGUACACCAGCGACCCAUUCAAGCAGCACAUCCACCGCAACCCCUCCGUCCCCAGCGUCAAUGAAGAAGACGGCACCCUCCACCCCUUCUGGCGCCCCCGCGGCUUCUGGGACGGAUUCGAAGACGGCGACUCAGAAGACGACUCGGACGAAGACAGCGGCCUCCCUUCCGGCGGCGACACAAGCGACAUCGAGGACCCAGAGCCAGACCCCUUACCCUCGCGCCCCCGCCGCGCAAGCACCAUCAGCAACAAGCUCAAAGGCGGUUUCCGCGGCAGCGGCGGCUUCCUAAUCGGCAACUCCAUGGGUCUCGAACGUGCUGGCACGAACAAACGCCGCCACCACAUCACCCUGCCUCCUCACUUCCGCACCCCCCGUACAGCGCGCCAUCUCGCCUCCCCCGACAAAGUCAUAAUCCAAGCCCCCACCGCACCUCUCGGGCGCCACCGCAGCGGCGGCAUCUCCAAACGGCGCUCAAGCCACGAUCUUCGUCGCACGAAUUCCCUGCCUGACAACGUCUCAACCGUGUCCAUCGAGUACGAACAGAGUCGGCGUGGUAGGGGGUCCUGGCGCCAGGGCAAGAGCCUGCCCGGCUUAAAGAAAUACCACGUCCAAUACAUUGGUAUCUCCGGUGUUAAAGAGAAAUUGAGGGAGCGACGGACGGAGAAGAGGCGCGAGAAGAUUCGCAGGAGUAUUGGGAGUAGGUAUUAUGUUGAUCCUGUUGGUACGGGGUCGGUGUGA